UAAUGGCAGGGGAUGAAAAUUUAUUUAUUAAAUUCUGCAAGUUCUGUAUGGCGCACAGGCUACAUCCUUUUAUAUGUCUUCAAUGAUAUUAUGAUUUUGUUCUGUAUAAUAUAUAUUCUGUACCUUUUCUUAUUUUGGUUUGUAUCAGCCUGCUUACACGUAGGCUUGGAGUGAUCUAUUUAAGUUUUUAACAGCAGUACAAUUUACACAUAGCUUUGGUUCGCAGUUAAAAGAAAGAAAUUUAAAUAUAUUUUGUUGGCAGACCUUUUUGAAGAAGAAUCAUGGAAUUUCCCAUACCAGAGGCGCAGUACUGGGACGUUUCGAAGAAGUCCCAGAAAGAUCGCCAGAUGAUUCGUAAAUUCGUGCCCGAGGCUGUCGACCUCGCCACCAUAAGUCGUGCGGAGAUCUACAGGAUUGACACCUUCUAUUUGGAGUGCCAGAAGUACCGGGACCAUUAUCGUGACCCCUACGGCAAGGUGCACUGUCCGGCAUUCUUCCACUUACACAAGGGCAAGUGCGGAAUCAAGCUGGACCAGAGCGUAAUCAAGAUGACACAGGCGAUUGCUGGAAAUGUGGACCGACAGCCCAUAGUGUUUCCCCUCAUUCCAAAUAAGAGCAUGUUUUUAGGGGGUAGCAUUCCAAUGGGCUCACAAACAGCCCAGGUUGGCGUCACCAGCUAUCUCAGAUGAAGAAACUCGGUAGACUUUUUUACAGCAUUAAAGCGCAAGUACGUGCUAAUGUUACUGCGCAAGAGUACAAAAGUGUUUCGAAUAAGAAGAUAUUACUAUCUGCCAAAUAUACAAUAGCUUGUUGCAAUUA